GAGAGAUAGAAAAAAAACAGCAAAAUUAUCCCAUCUUAUCUAAGCCAUUGGUACUGUUUCGAUCUCACUUUUCUCUAAACUAUUUGCAUUAGUCGCUCCCCAGAGACGAACCAUCAUCUGAACAAUUUCGCAACAUAUCAGCAGUGCAUUUCCCUUUCAUGUGUAGGUGGGGAUUAUUCUAAUUUCUGAUGGGUAAUUUUUCUACACAUCAUCGAGACGGAUUUUAUGGGUAGAGAGCGAGAAAAGUGAGAGAGAAGUUUGCUCUGAUAGUGAGCAAGAACGAUACAUAUUACUCUUGCUUGGUCAUCAUCCUUCGAGAUAGCCAGAGUCCCUCAAAAAGACCACGGGCGUCGGCAUCAGUCAGUUGCGAAAGCGGUUCGAAUCAGCGCAGACGGUUCGCAUUAACCCGGUGGCAGCUGUAAGAGUCCAGUAAUUCAGUCGGGCACGUGCAGCGAGGUUGUUUUGCAUAUCUUUGACGAGUUUGCGGAAAUUAGUUACGUCAACGAAGCAAAGAAAAUGGAUAAUACUCAGAUACGGCAUCUGUUGGAGCUGUCCAAGGAGGAGAAGAAAGCGUUUUUAAAUUCGUUUGAUGCCAUAAUGUCCGACUGUGACGGUGUGGUGUGGAACUUCACCGGACCGAUUCCCGGAGUGGACAGGGCGCUGCAGUUACUGAAGCAAAACGGAAAGAAAUUGGCAUUCAUUUCCAACAACGGUAUGCGGACCAUGGAUGAGUAUAGGGAAAAGUUUGAAAAGCUGGGCAUUGAACCACAAGAGCACGAUAUCGUACAUCCGGCUUUGACGACAGUCAAGUACCUCAAGUCGGUCAACAUGCAGGACGCUGUCUACUGUAUAGGGACCGAGGUGUUUAAGGAUUAUCUGAGAAGCUCCGGCUUUACGGUUCUGGAUGGGCCAUCGAAGCGCCUGCCGGAUGAUCGUGCUGCCAACGCGGUACGCACAUUUACCACCUUCUUCAACGAAUCCAACAUCGGACCCCGUGUGGGAGCCAUCGUCGUCGAUAUCGACGUUAACAUUUCCCUAGCCCAUCUCAUGAAAGCAAAGUGCUACCUCGACCGCAAUCCGGACUGUGUGCUGCUGGUCGGCGCUACAGAUUACGUCAUACCUCUGGGUGAAAAUAUGGAUGUCAUAGGGCCGGGCUACUUCAUUGAUAUCCUGGAAAACGCCACCGGGCGUAAGGCCUUGGUACUGGGCAAACCGGGUCAAGCUUUGGCUGAGUUCAUACUGGAACAGUUCAACGUAACCCAGCCGGAGCGGACGCUAUUCAUCGGAGAUAUGCUCCCCCAGGACAUGGGCUUUGGAACGCGCUGCGGCUUUCAGAAGGUACUGAUGCUCAGUGGGGGUACAACCAAAGACAUGAUGCUCGCACACGAGAAAUCCAACGAGCUGCCCAAUUACUACGCGGAUAGCUUUGCUGAUUUUAUACAGUUGUUCAAAGAUGUUGCGGAAUAGGAGGAAUCAGGAAACCAUUCGUAGAUAGUUUUUUUUUUAUUGAUGAGUAUGUCUAGUAAAUAUCCGUCAAAAGCACAGGAAAGGUAAAUGUGAUAUCACAACUAAAACUAGAACAACUAAAUAGGAGCUUCUUAAUACCGUACUUUGAAUGUUUCAUAGAUUUUAUGUAGCAGUGACCAUACUA